AUGAAGUGUUACACAGAGACCAACGAAAAAGACAAAGAUGAAGAAGGCAAGCUGCUCGAAAGCGUAUUGAUCCAACGUAGCAACGAAGCAGCCAUUGCCAGGGCCAUUGGGGAGGAGCUACUGCUAGGGCAGCAAUCAAAACCAAGCAAUACUCUCGCCGUUUCCACCGAUACCAACCCCAAAAUGGGAACAACAAUCCCGACCAGAUCAUGUAUAGAAGAGGAAGACAAAGACAUCUACAAUGAUGGUAAUAGUAAGGAAGAAGAAGAAGAAGACGCAUUCAUUAUGAAAAUUGUACGCGAGAGACAGAGCAUACCGCAAGAAGAUUUGUUCACUCAACUUCAGAACCAGCCACAAGUCCCAACGAACCACCAGGAUUUGCCACAAAAUGCAGCAGCAUCAUUGUCGAAACAGCAGCCGCAAGCGGACCCACCAACGCCUGAUCGUGAGCAGCGCAUUCGUCCCGGUGCGUACGCCGCCGCCCCUGGCAUGGAACCACAACGAGCCACCACAUUUUAUGCCGGACAACUUGUUGUCCGACAGCAACCCAGUGCUGCUUCCACCGAGGAAAGUACUACUAGGCAGAGCCAAAACGAAGAAGAUUCGGAGGACGAAGAGCUUGGCAAUACUAUGACACUGCCAAGACUCGCCCGGGAGUCAAAUAUCGAACGGCAGGUGCAGCCAGGUGCCAUCUCAGCAGGAGGGGGCCCUGACAAUAAUAAUCCUCCAACGCACGCUAGUGAUUCCAGCGAGUCUAUCAUCUCAUCACCAUCAGAAGAAGGUAAUGAUGGAUUAGCAGUGGCCAACUUGGUAUCCGAGGAAAACCAAAAAGACCCCCAGGAGUUGCCGCAGGCUCGGGAUAACAAUGUGGAGAGUGAGGACAGACAGAGAGAAGAGAGAAUGAAACAGUUCAAAACUAAGGUCCUCUUGGGAGUCAUUGGAUUGUUGGGCAUCAUUCUUGUUUUGGUAGCCAUUGUGACACCUUCAAAGAAACAGGAGAAUGAAGAUUUUGUCCCAACAGCCACACCCAGUGAGCCACCCAGCAACGCACCAUCCCAGGCACCAUCCUCCUAUGCCCACUCUUUGCUGUCACUAUUCCCGGCAGAAACAGUCACGGCGAUCCUCAACAAUGAAGACUCACCUCAGUCCAAAGCCUACCGUUGGCUUCUAAAGGAUAUCGAAAGUUUGCCUGAUCUUUCCAAUGCCAGAAGCCUACAAAGGUUUGUGCUGGCCACUCUAUACUUUGCCACUAGUGGAGACAAUUGGAAAAAAGUCGACAACUGGCUCAACCACAGUGUCGAUGAAUGUGAUUGGUUCCACCAGCCCGCCUUUGCCAGGAAACAUGUGCUUGCUCAGCUUGUUCCCGAAUACUUGAGAGGAUUCAUGGAGCCUCCUCCAUCCUCCAUCUGUGACGAUGCUGGGCUUUACCAGCACCUGUGGUUAGAUACGAAUGACCUUGGCAAUUCUCUGCCAACAGAGCUGUAUCUCCUGACAUCAUUACAAACACUCUCAGUGGGCUGGAAUCAGCUGAAAGGGACUCUAUCUAGCUACGUUGGACAGCUGACAGCUUUGAAAGGGCUGGUAAUGGGUGAUCAGCAUCUCAGUGGUACCAUUCCUACACAAUUGGGCUUAUUGAGCAACCUGAAUAUACUGACCCUGGCGAGUAACAAGUUCCAGGCAUCCAUUCCUUCUGAAAUCUGGCAACUCACAAAGUUGGAUUCACUCAUCCUUCGAGGGAUGCCCAACCUGGGGGGCUCCAUUCCAUCCGACAUUGGUAAGAUCCCUUCAUUGAGAUGGUUGAUAACAGAACAAUCAAAUCUUUCUGGGACUUUACCUACAGAGAUUGGGCUUGUAGAAUCCUUGGAGUGGAUUCUUCUUGGUGUCAAUAGCUACUCAGGAACUCUUCCCACGGAACUGGGUCUACUUUCGGGUCUGCUCCAUUUGGAUACCAAUGACAACAAAUUGGAAGGACAACUGCCAUCUGAGUUGGGUCAUCUCACUGCUACUACCUUGUUGAAGCUUGGCAAUCAGUUUCUUUCAGGGACUAUCCCAACACAGCUGGUGCAAUUGACGAAUGUGCAAAAGAUGGAACUCCAGAAUGGCUUGCUUGAUGGUCCGAUUCCAAGCGAAUUCGGACAACUAUGGUCCCUGGGUCGUUUGCUAUUGGAAAACAACACGCUCUCAGGUACAGUUCCGCUGGAGCUUUCAUCCCUUCAGCAUUCCUUGUACAAUUUGGGCUUGGAAGGAAACCCAAAUUUGUCUGGUACCAUCCCCGUUGGUGUAUGCAAUAUCAAUGGUACCUGUAUCGAUGGAGGGCCUUUGAAUGUAUGCACUGGCCCUUUUGGGCUUAGUUUUGACUGUACUGGCCUUCUCUGUGGUUGUGAUUGUCCUUGUGGAUAA